GUACACAAAGCAACAAAAACGGGGCUGAGUUUAUUUUUCGUAUCGUUUUCUUGCAAAAGUUUUGGUGUCGCGUUUCCAGCAUGUCUGAGGACCCACAAUCAUUACAAGAUUCUCUUCAGCUAUACAAAACUCAGCUCAAGCAAAUCCACGAUGCAUUGCUGGUCGCGUCAGAAGAACAAAAAGCGGAUUUGGAACAAGUUGUUAAGGAUUUGGAAGAAAUCAUAUUACUGACGGAAACGAGCCUUUCAACCACAACAGCUCAAGAGAGUGAUACCUCUGAUAGCCAAAAUGAAUCAAGCUUGGAAGAUGAGCUUUCAGCAUUAGAAGGAGUAAAAUGUAAAGUACCCUUCAAAUAUGAAUGGGGUGGAAUUGGGUAUCAUAAUGCUAUUAUCCUUGGCUCAGAGUUAAAUGAAGAUGGUCUGGUAUAUGUAAAAGCUGUUUUCAUGCAUCCCACCAACAAAAAAAUGCAGCCAUGUCCUUAUUAUCUUGAAGGAAAUUGUAAAUAUUCAGAUGAUAAAUGCCAUUAUUCCCAUGGCUAUGCUGUUAGGCUUGAUGAAGUGCAAGAUCUCAGUGAUCCAGAUUAUAGCCAAAUUGUUGAGGGUUGCAUGGUGUUGGCAAAAUAUAAAGAUGACCUAUGGUACAAGGGAAGGGUUGAAGAUGUUAUUAAAGGAACAGAAUUUUCAGUUAAAUUUCUUCAUUGCAAUGAUGCUCUCUUGCUUAAUCUGCACUGUGUUUAUCCACUUGAGGAGCAAGAAGAAGAUUCAUCUUCGGAGUUCAGUACGGACGAAGAUGACGAUGACUCGCAGUUCACUUCAAAAUACCUCGAAAUGAAUAACAUUGGAGGAGCGGGUAUCGAAUCGUUUGGAUUGUGGGAACAACACACGCGUGGAAUUGGAUCUCGUUUGAUGGCGAAAAUGGGCUAUGUCCAUGGUUCUGGGCUUGGAAAGGAAGGAGAAGGCCGAAUCGAACCAGUCGAAGCCAUGGUUUUUCCUCCUGGCCGAUCACUUGAUCGUUGCAUGGAGCUGAGAGAAGCAGCCGGAAGUUUGAAUAUGCUUUCUGUAGAAAAGCGAUUGGAACGCCAGAAAGCGAAAGCCGAGAUUCGGUCCCGUCAGAUAGCCAAUGCGUCCGAACGAAAAGCGUCUGUUUUCGAUUUUAUCAAUUCCAAGUUAACAAAAAAUAACGGCCCUCAUUCCAAAGAAGCACUACCUGGCACUUCAUCAUCGUGGCCGAAGACGACAAAGUUGGGUCACUUAACUCGUGAAAAAUUAAACGUUCAGAGUUUGCAAGUUGGAGAAGAAAUCCGCAGGGCUGAACGUGAAAUCGCCAAAUUAAAACAGUCUUUGCAACGGCAAAGCGACCGUGGUGACCUAGCAUCUGUUUCACAAAUUCGACUGAGGCUAGUGGACAAAGAAAAGGAUUUGGACCAUCUUCGAGCCUCUGAUCGUCAUAUAGUGAAUGAGCAAAAACAAAGAAAGAGCUCUUCUAAACUAACUAUUUUUUAACUAACCCAUUGACCGCUUUCGCUAUAAAGAAGACAGUUUGGAUUGCUAA